AUGAAGCUUACAUCUACAAUUAUCUCUGUUCUCCUCGCUACCAGCGCCUCCGCUGUCCUCGACAAGUGGGCUCCCUGGGGCAAACGCGACUAUGCCUGCAUAAACGCCUACUCAGGCCCAACCGACAACAGCACCAUCGCGCCAAACUGGCCGAUCGAGAUCCGAUUCAACCGCAACAGCGGCCGCUGCGACGCAAGCCUGGACCACUACCCAACCGCCGAAUACAGUCUGUGGCUGCACAACAACCCUGUCCGUCAGCCGGCGGGCUUCGUCACCUCCGAGUACCAGGUGAAGCUCCAGGACGGCAUCCCCUCGGACGCUGGCAGUGUGACCUUUGAGCUUCCGGAUGAUCUGCCUGAGGUUGGGGAUGACUCGGUGUGGUAUUUGAGGUUGAAUACGUAUUUGCCUACUGCGCCGCAGAUGCCUUCUUUGUUCAAUGCGCUGGGGCCGUUUAGGCUUGUCCGGUAG